AUGAGUUGGUCUUAUAGUAGAAUCUCUUCUAAUUGGAAGGGUUCAACUACUAUGGCACCAAAUGGCGAAAAGAUUGUGGUCUUCGCAUCUCAUGUUUGGGAAGUUAAUUCAGAUGGCAUAUGUAAUCAAGCGGGAUCUGACUGGCCAAAUACUGUAGCAGCUACUACUAAUGGCAACUUCAUUUACGCUAUUCGUCCUGACGGAUCCAUUUACAAGCUUAGAACCUCGAAUUAUACUGUUUCCAAGUGGAUUGAUGCUGUCCAAAGUGAAAGCUGGAGUAGUACGCGAUCUAUCACAGUAAUCGGUAAUUAUGCAUAUUUAGUGAAUGGCAAUAAAUUAUUUGCCUACGAUAUAUCUCUUACAAUAGUUGAUACAGAUACUGGUGAGACAACUGUUGUGCAUAGCAAUAAUUGGCAUAAGAUAUUGACUGGUUGUGCUACCUCUAGUACAAUGUAUGCUGUUUUUGAUAGUGAAGAACUUUGGAAA